AGUUUAAAAAUAUUUUAUGCAUGGAUACAUGAGGAGACUCCUAUAUAAAAAGAGAUUGGCAUGCCAAAGACUAUCAUCUUCUUCAUAAAGCAAAAUAAAACUUUCAUACACUUUUUCAUUCCUCAUCUAAAACAAUGGCAGGAAUUGCUUUUGGUUCUUUUGAUGAUUCUUUUAGCUUGGCUUCUCUAAAAGCAUACCUCGCUGAGUUCAUCUCCACUUUGCUCUUUGUUUUCGCUGGUGUUGGUUCCGCCAUUGCCUACGGGAAGCUGACGUCAGAUGCGGCUCUUGAUACGUCGGGGCUUGUUGCCAUCGCUGUGUGUCAUGGUUUCGCCCUCUUCGUGGCGGUUGCAAUCGGAGCCAACAUCUCCGGUGGCCAUGUGAACCCAGCCGUCACUUUUGGACUUGCUCUCGGUGGUCAAAUCACACUCAUCACCGGAGUUUUCUACUGGAUUGCGCAGCUUCUCGGCUCCACCGCCGCUUGCUUCCUUCUUAAGUUCGUCACCGGUGGAUUGGCGGUUCCAACUCACAGCGUUGCGGCUGGACUAGGAGCGAUAGAAGGAGUAGUGAUGGAGAUCAUCAUCACCUUCGCUUUGGUCUACACCGUCUACGCCACCGCCGCUGAUCCCAAGAAAGGAUCUCUUGGAACCAUCGCUCCUCUCGCCAUUGGUCUCAUCGUCGGUGCCAACAUCCUCGCUGCUGGUCCAUUCUCCGGUGGAUCCAUGAACCCAGCACGUUCCUUUGGACCAGCUGUUGCAGCUGGAGACUUCUCUGGUCACUGGGUCUACUGGGUGGGACCACUCAUCGGUGGUGGACUCGCUGGACUUAUCUACGGAAAUGUUUUCAUGUCAUCUUCCGAACAUGUGCCUCUUGCAUCUGACUUCUAAGCAUAUAAAAUGCGAUGAUUCUUGAUUUAUAUUUCUGUGUAUGAUUUCUUUGUCUCUCGAUUGAUAUGUUGCUUUGUUUGGAGUUUGGUCCCGUUUCGUUGUAAUUGUUUAUCCAAUCUGUAUGAAUAUCAUUUAAUGGAAGGCUAUUUGGUUACGUUUUA